UUUUUUAAACGAUACAGACAAUUUUGACUUUGUGGCUGUCUUAUCUAGUUGAAACCCUCGGACCCAGGAUGAUUUGACUGCAGUCUACCUAUCAAACAUGGCUGACCAAAACAAAACAUCAGCUGAAGUCGAAUUCGGCAAUGAAUUACUAAGCCCAUCUGAGCUGUUCGAAGCCCGCACGCGCAGCCACAAGAUCCCGGUGCGCGGGCAGAAGGAUUUCAUUCCCACUGGGUCGGAUCGCCAAAGGGAUAGGCUUCAGCAGAGUUUGGACGAGCACUGGAAUCUAGUAUCUGAGGAUCGAGUGGAGAGGCUGGGGAACCUGGUGAAGGCUGUGUGGAUUCCCAGUGACAGGAUAGUGGAGCUGCAGUCACCAGCGGGGAAGUUUUGGCAGACAAUGGGGUUUUCUGCCCAUGGUAAGCAAUGUCUACAUCCAGAAGAGGCUCUCUAUCUAAUGGAGUGUGGGAACCUGCAAGUGUUCUACCAAGACCUGCCACUGUCCAUCCAAGAGGGCUAUGAGAGAUUUCUAUACUCAAAGACAAUGAGUAUACAACAUUACCAGGUUUUUGGCCAUUUGAAGCGACUUGGCUAUGUGGUGAACAGAUUUGAUCCCAGUUCUGUGCCAUCGCAGUAUGAGAGGCAGUUGAACCUGCCCCAGUCCCGAGACAGAUCAGGAAGACUUUCGAAGAGGAAACACAGCCACAGCCCCACCUCCAGGCACACAGGAACACAGGAGGGCCCCACUUCUAAGAGAAUGGAGGAGGAGUUAGACUGCAACAGAGAGGAAGAGGACAAGAAUCCUGACCCUCUUACAGCCCCAGACAUUGAUGAAAUCCAGACAGCAUCACACAUUGACCCCACCACCUCAACCGAGGGUGGCCAGGGCAGGAGCUGGUGGUCAAAGGAAGGCUCCCCAGACCCUGAGCUGCCAGGUCAGCUCCAGAGCUCUGGCUCCCCACGCUGGGACUUCAGCUCCAUCCCCUUCCCAGACCUGGGCUCCAGACGCUGGCUCCCCAGCAGCCUGACCUCCCCAGACCCCUGCCUGCUGCCCGGGGCUGUGGGGUCAGUGGGGGCUUGCGAUGUGGUCCCCUGGCUGCAGAGGCUCAACCUGCGGGAGGUGAGGAUGUCCCGGCGGGAGAGGGAGCGGGACAGGGACCGGUACCGGCGGGACGUCAACCAGGACAGAGAGGUACGACGUUGCAGGAACUGGGCAGAGUACCGGGAGCUGCAGGAGAGAAGGAUUCAACAGAGCCGCAGAGAUAGGCCGGCACACCUGUGGGAGGGGCCGGUCACACCCCUACAUGACCCUGCACAGGUCUCUUCAACUGGUGAGCUGCUGGAUAAAAUCAAUGUGAUCAAAUCCACACGGCUGCUGGAGGGAGCAUCCAGUUUGAAAGGUUCAGAGGAGUGGAGGAUCUGUUUCAACAUUUACCAACCCGACACGGUCGCUGAAUUCAAGAAGAGCACUCCCGGAAAACCCUAUUCUCGCAUGUGUGUGUGCAGUUUCGAUGGUCCAGUGCCUGACUUGUGGACAAUGAAAUUGCUGGCUUUCCAGAGUGGGGACAUCCCGGUCACCUAUGCAGUGGUGGACCACGGGGACAUCUCCUUCUACUCCUUCAAGGACUUCCAGAUACCCACAGACGUGUCCUUCUGAGGGUCUGACCACAGCAACCAGUCACACAGCCCUGGUUUAACAACUGUACCCUGCCAAGACUGACUGGGGUGGAUCUGAAACUCUGCAACUGGAACUAAUGCCAAAGAAAUGAACAAAACUGAAUUGUCUGAGUGAAUUGAUGAACUGCAGUCCUCACACUGCUUGAUGCUGUAGUAUGCCUUCCUCCUGUGUUGCAGACUUCUUUUAGUGGCAUAUGGUAGCUUAGUGGUUAAGAGCGUUGUGCCAGUAACCGAAAAGUCGCUGGUUCUAAUCCCCAAGCCGACUAGGUGAA